GAAGAGCUUUAAAGUGUAAACCGAAAGUAGAGUUGACCAGGAAUAACACAAUGCUGUAGACAGCAUCAGACGUUCAGCUUAUGUCGUGACAUUACCAUGAGAGACCACAUCCUUGCCCAGCGAUUAUGACGACGUCAGCAGUAUGAAAAUCUGGCAAAGAUACGUCCUUUUUAUGACGUUAGCGUCAUGUCUAACCGUGUACGUGACGUUCUUCAUUUACAAGCACGUCAAACUCAAGUACAGCAGCAAGAUUCUGGGUGGGCGACGCGGGGUGUUCUCGGACGCAAUGACAUUCAACAGAAAUCCAAACGCUAUUUUUUAUGAUCUCUAUGAACAUUCACCACUGUACAAUAUUUUGAAAGAUGUUGAUCGGUCAACGUUGACGGACUACCGUACGGAAGAGGUGUUGGACAGCGACCUGGUGACGGAGAGCCAACGAAAGCACGGUAUUAACGUGGCGCUCAGCGACCUCCUACCGCUUAACCGACCCGUCCCGGACUCAAGGCCUAGCGGGUGCCGAUACCUGAAAUACCCAGAAGCGGACCUGCCGACAGUAAGCGUAGUGAUCCCCUUCCACAACGAGUGGCCGUCCGUGCUGCUGCGGACCGUCCACAGUCUCGUGAGCCGCACGCCAUCGCGCCUCCUGAAACAGAUCAUCCUCGUCGACGACAACAGCAACCUCCCGGGUCUGCAGGCACACCUGGAGGAACAACUGCGACGUCAGUUUCCGGGGCCGCUGGUGGAGCUCCGGCGCCUCCAGGUCCGCACGGGGCUAAUAGGCGCGCGCCUCGAAGGCCUCAAAUAUGUGACUGCCGAUACCGUAUCUUUCUUUGACAGCCAUAUGGAGGUCAAUGAGAACUGGUUACCUCCUCUGCUGUCGGAGGUGCUGAAAGACCGGCGGACGGUGGCCAUGGCGCAGCUCGACUAUGUCAAUAAGGACUCGCUCGAGUACGAGUUCACCGACGGAUACCGGACUCGCUACGGCUUCGACUGGCGACUCGUCUUCUUUGAAACCUACUUUCGAGACGAUCACAUAGAGGGGACGUCCGAUACAGACCCACUGCCGGGCGUGGUGAUGGUUGGUCCUGGUGCGGUGAUGAACGUGCAGUACUUUAGGGAGCUGGGGUCUUAUGAUGACGGAAUGAUGAUCUGGGGAGGCGAGAAUCUCGAGUUCCCAUGGAGGGUUUGGUUGUGUGGUGGGCGCAUGCUGCACGUGCCUUGCUCACGUAUCGGUCACAUUGCCCGUUCACAGCCGUACCAUUUCCCGCAUGGGCGCUUGGAAACGGAACAUCGGAACUAUAAGCGCGCUAUCGAGGUCUGGAUGGACGACUACAAGCAGUAUGUGUACGAGGCCAACCCAGCCAUCAAGCAUGCGGAGGCCGGCGAUCUGACGGAGCGGUUAGAGCUGAAAGCGAGGCUUAAGUGCCGACCCUUCAGCUGGUUGCUCGAGAACGUCUGGCCCGACCUGCUCGUCUACAAGGAGAACACACUCGCCUGGGGAUGGUUGAAAUGUUCAGCGGACGGACAGGAGCUUUGCAUUGACAACAGCGAGUACCUUUUCUCGGUCUCUCAUCCGCUGGUGGCGAAAUCCUGCACAUAUAAGCUCAAACCGGAAGAGUACGCUCAACACCUUACCGCCACACACCAAACGAUGGCACUGACAAAGGAGCGGCGGCUGCGAACGCUUCUGCAAUGUGUGGCCGUGGAAGGUCACUUUCUGUCGGACCGGGUACCAGUCAUGGUCGGCUGCUUUGACAGAGAACCAGAAACAUGGACACACACAGGGCCCGGUUUGUUGCAGCACGACAAAAGCGAGCUUUGUCUGGAAAUCGGUAAAAGGGGAACACUGCGCAUGUCCUCGUGCGACACUGAAAAUCCGCGGCAACGAUGGGUGUUCGCUCACUACAAUCCAGCAGGCAACAAGCGUGCUGAACCGCCAAAACUACAACAUCGAAUUGAGUAGAUGCAAGACCAGCAGCCCCUUUUCUUAUUGCUCAACGAAAUUAAUGUCUGAUACCGCCGACUCGUCUGGACUACGCACUCAGAAUAUAUCGUGCAAUAUUCGGAGAAAGACUCGUUAGUUUUCAGUGCACGGAGGACGGUUAAGACAGUUACUUAAACUUAUUCCAAACUCUAUUUGUGCUAUGAUAUUUAGUUACAAAAUUGUUACACUCGAGCUGCCAUGCGUUCAGUAAGCAUGUUUGCGAUGGACGUUUGCUGUUUGGUUCCCGCUGUCUGCGCUGAGUUGAAACAGGGAUACAAACCAUAACAGAUUUUGCCCCACUCAACGCAUUGCAGGUCUGCAAAAAAAAAACAACAGAAAGUAUCGUGCACUAUCGCUAGAAUAAAAGAUAUUAUGAAUCACAAUGCAUGCAUACUAUUUAUUUCAUGUUUAUGUACGGUAAUAUAUUUUACAUUUGUUUUAUCCUUUUUAAACUGAUUACCGUAAUAAGGAAUCUUCCUAUUAGAAGUUUAUGAACAGAUAUAUCCCUUUAGCCGCCCAUCCCGAAAUCUAUACUCAUCGUCGAAGGGACCAUUAUUCCUUUAAUAAUAUGUGCAUCAGGUUAUAAGUGAACAAAGUAACGUUUGAAGCCCAGGGUCCGUAUUCACUAAUUCACUAAUGUUGUGCCUGAAACAAUCAGCAGGUUCUUCAAUAACGUACAUGGCUGUGGUCAAAACCAUUUAUACUUAAGAAAUUUUACAUUUAAGAGUUCAGUUUUCUGAGCCGGAGACAAACUCCGACUCAAGACCUUGGUGAAUUGGGGGCCUGAAUUUUGUUCAGGACCAAUGUUUGUGAAAUAUGCAAGUCACGAAAGGUGCACUCAAAUAAAUGUGAGCAUGAAUCACUGAGCGUUAAUAAUCAGAAACAUUUGUUACCUGGUUACAUGAGGACUGCUAAUGUACCCAUUAACUUUAUACAUGUUCAAUCAGUCCGGUGAGUUGUUGGCAUUAUAUAUGUUAUUUGCUGUUGUUGAUUUAUUAUUAUUAUAAUAUUCAUAUAAUAAUACAUGGUGUAUACAUUAACUCGUUUCAACAUUUAAUAAAAUGAUUAUGCCUUCAUCAUUUACAUUAGUUCAAGCAAAAUAAAGUUCCUGUAUUCUCCAUAUACCAGUACUUAUUGUUUACAUAUUGUUUUCUUUAAAUAUACACAGCUGCAGUUGGAAGCUAUACUUAUAAUAAUCAUUUGUAUAUAUUUUUCUAUAAUUUAGAAGUACAGUUAAAUUGUUUUGUAUAAUGAAAUAUAUAAAGAUCAGCUUAACACUAUGCUAACCUUGUACUGAUUGUACCACAUUCCAUAAGUUCACCUGAUGGUGUCAAUGUAAUAAAUAGUAAACAAAAG